UACGCUUCCACCUGAUCAACAAGUGGUCCUUGUAGUGGUGCUCCAGAGUGCUCCGGGACUGCGGCUGCACAGCAGCGCUGUAGCCCUCAGCUUCCAGCCUGCGCCUCGCCGGCCCGCUUCGCCGCUGCGUUGUUGCUCGCCGCCGAUCGGCCGACGCCAGGAUGGUGCUCUUCGUGCUGAUGCUGCUCCUGGUCGCUUGCUGCUUCGCGCCGACCUGCCUGGCCCAAGCCGAUGCUGACGACUCUGUCAACUCCGAGUACGAGGAUUUCCUGGCCACUCUGCUCAACCGCCGGACUGACCUGGAGAGGAACUUCAUGCGAUAUGGCCGGAGCGGGACGACUGACCCCAUGAAUCGCCGAGCUGAGAACUACAUGCGUCUUGGUCGGAGCCCGGCCUUUGGGCAACUGGAGCGGAUCUCCCGCGGCGAGAAUGACAACACCAACGGGUUCAUCCGCUUCGGGCGGAUGGGCUUCGACGAUCACUUGGAGAUGGUUGAUCGCAGUGGAACGAACCAGGAUAACUUCGUGCGGUUUGGGAGGAACGAUGGAAUCGCCAGGGCUCAGGUGGAAAGUAAUUUCGUCCGCUUCGGUCGCCCGGAAGAGAGCAAUUUCAUCCGUCUCGGCCGUUCAGUUGACAAUAACUUCGUGCGAUUUGGUCGCCCGGAAACUAGUAACUACGUGCGAUUUGGGCGUUCUGGGCUCGGUCCGGACAGCAACUACGUGAGGUUCGGUCGCGGGGACUGGGCCCGCGCUGGGCUCGGGGAGGUGCCCGGCGGCUCCAUCCUGGAGCACUUCAUGCGCGCGAACGCGGCCAAUGUGCUGCGCCCGGACGGGGCCGAGGUGGCCGGUGGCGGAAGCGCCGGGGGAAGCGCUGGGGGUAGCGCCACCACCCCGGCGGCCUCCGGGGCCUUCGCUCGCACCGACCGUGCGUACGUGGCCUCCGAUGACUCCGCGGAGGGAGAGGGCUCUCACCAGGAGGCCCACGACAACACUGGCAGCAAACGCGCCCCAGUCGCCUAGGCAGCGCGCGCCGCCGCUUCACCCCUUAGUCCUCUCUGCACUAACAGGGUACUCCGCCCUAUCCAGAUCAGAAUUGUGGCCGCGAUUCCAGUCUGAAUAGUGUAACAGUGUUGCCAGAUCGUGUGUCCCCCGGGUGACUCCUUGUAUAGGGAACACAAACUACUUUUUCUAGUGAGCUGUUAGGAUCAAAUAUUUACGUUCUAUGACAAUCUUGUUCUGAAUUAUAUGGACCAGAAUUUGUUUCCCGAGUUAUUGAAGAAAAAUCAAUUUUGGGGGGAGAAGUUUUAGCAAGGUUUAACCCAGCGUGAACGCAAAAUUUCAAAAUAAUUUCAAAAUACUUCAAACAGAAAUGAGUUUAUUUCAGCCGUAAUCAUGGAUGUAGGCAACCAGGUGACAUUUUUUUUAUCCAAAUGGCUCACCACAAAUCGAUUUUCGUGCUUUUAGUUCGAAUCACUCUUCUUUUGGGGAAACACCUGCGGAUGAUAGGAAACAAAGUGAGGACACAGUCAUCAACAUUGCAGGCAGAUUGUAUAUAAUUUAGUCUAGAACCUUUAGUCUUAUUUCAGGCGCGUUGUUGGUGCCCUGUUUCUUUCGGCUUUAAAAGACUAUUAUCUUAAUUUUAAAUAUAAAAUUUUUCACAAAAUUUAAAAUAGAUAGAGAUCCGCUUCCUGUAAAUAACUUGUAGUGUCACCACGGUUUGAGGGAAAUCGAGUAUCUUGGUGUGGCAACUCUGUAGCACAGCGGAAUACCCUGUCUCCGGGGAGCGGUCAGACUUGAGCCUCGGUCCUCACAUCCCCUCGCUUCGCCAUCAUUUAUGCACGUAGGUCGUAUGGCUAGGUUACUAAUUUAGUUUUGGGUUCGUAGUGGUCGACUGCGUAGUAAAGACAGUCGUUAAAUCCAUAGGUGGCCACAGGCUGCCCCCUCCUUUAGUUUUACUGUAGGUUAGGUUACCUAGGUCGUAGAGAGAGAGAGAGAGAAGAGAAUGAAGGAAGCGUGGUCAUGGCCGCACAGUUGGGGAACGUAGCGCUUCGUGCGAGGGUGGGAGACAGCAGGAUAGAAACAGUAUAGUGUAGCAAAAACUGCGUAUACGCAAACAGAUAUUAGCGAACGCGUUAUUUUUCCAGUUUGUAGUAUGCACCCGAAAAUGGUUUCCCGACCACAUUGAUGUGAAAAUAUUUCGAUCUGGGUGCGUAGAGUAAAGUUCUUUUGUUUGUAUACAAGUAUAAUGCUUUCGAUGUCAACAUGUAACCAUGAUGUAACUUCCGGGAUGCCUUCCUGACGUGGCUGGACGGGAGGCGACUCUGUGAUCAGAGUCUGCUGUGUAAAUCAUAAUGUGCGUGUCUGUGGGUGAGUACCACCGUGAGCGUGAGUGGGUGGAGGAGACGGAGAGAGAUAGCGAAUGGUGUCAGGGACGGUGUACCCCUAGACACGGUGCGCACGUCCGGCGUAUGGGACGUGCAGCCCGCUAGGUCUUUGUUUUCUUCCCGUUACCCCGUCCCGGCCGUCCCAGGCGUGAAAAGAAAAUCCUUACGGAUGGCCUCUGCUUGCCGGCCGACUGCCGGCCGCCUGGGCCGGCGGGGACGAACCCGCAGUAAUCUUUCCUCUCCUGAGACGGGCUGUAGCAACGUCGUAGUGCCGCCUGUCUCUCUUGUACCUGCUGAAGUAGUCAUUCCUUGUGACUCUGUAUCCACGAUGUGUGUUUCAAUAAACUGCGGUGUACAAUA